GCGCAGACGUCAUGUGAUAACCACGACACUCGCACGACCUUUUCAUCGCUUUUUACGCGGCAGCAGAUCAGUAUUUACAUUUGUUCUUUAUCUUCCACCCACUCCCAAUUCGACUACAAACAUCCACAUACGCCUUUAUGAAGCCCGAGGAUAGUCUUAUCGCCACCAGGGCGCGCAGAGCCAACGCCGGCUCACGCCUCAAGCAUUUGCUCGAGCUUGAGGAGAUCAACAACGAGCUCACGUUCCAGCUGCAUAACGACGACGACGAUAACGUGAAUUUGCUUUUUCAAGAAGACGAGGACGAUGGAGAGUUUAUGGACGAAUCAGAAGCUGGUGAGGUUAGUGAUGAAGAUGAGGAUAAUGAUGAUAAAGACAAUGGUGAUCAGAACGAUAAUUACUAUGCUGAGAAAUCUGAUGUCGAUGGGAAAUCCGAUGGUGAGAAGUCUGAUAUUGAUGAGAAGCCUGAAGGUGAUGAGCUAAAAAGUGACAGUGAUAGCGAAGGCGGACUGCUCAAACGCAGACGAGACGAUGAGAUGCUCACAGAUUCCGAUCUCUCUUCGUCGGAAAGUGACGAAUCGGAAGGCGAAAAGGAGCUCCAAGCACGGGAAAAGUCGCGGAAACGCCAAGAACAGAAAAAGGUUCGCGCGGUCGUGGCGCCUAAAAUCACCCAGCGACCAAAGCCAGCGGCGCCCAAGCCCAAAAGACAGGCGGUGGAGGCCGUAUCGCUUCUCUCGGAUAGCCGGCGGUCGUCCACGCGGCGUGCAGCCGUAGAAAACAAGCUUGCAGUGGUGAAAAAGCUCCAAGAAACCGAGGAAAGGCGAAUUAAGUACUUCCUGUCACAUACGCAAGCUACGAAAGAAACGGAACCCGAACUCACCCAGGAGGAGCGAUUGUUACAAGCUGUGGAAACCGAGAAGCUGAACAUCUUGUCCUUAAACAGGCUUCACGAGCAGGAGGAGAUCAGGCAAGAGAGGCAGCGGAUGCUCCAUGCGGCAAAGAAGAUGGUUCUCGGCGAUGUGUGCAACUUCACAUCGCGGUUGGAGUAUGUGACGCCGCUCGCGGAGAUCCAGGAGUUGCAGCGGCUCGAGGAGUUGCGGCUCUACCAGUUGCGGAAUAAGUCACGGAGGGGCAGAAAAAAAAAGUCGGUGAUAGAGGCGGAGAGACUAGAAGCGGAGAGACUAGAAGCGGAGAGACUAGAGGUUGAGAGACUAGAAACUGAACGAAAGGAAGCUGGUCUCAAUGAGGUUGAACCGACUGAGGUUAAGAAUGAGGUUACGGGAGAUCAACCGAAUAAUGGUGACCAGGUUAAUGAUGAAGAGCAAGUUGAUGACGAAGAUUUAGUCAAGGAUGGUGAGAUUGAUGAGGUUGGUGAGAUUGAUAAGGUAGGUGAGGUUGAUGAGGUUGGUAAGGUUGAUGUGGCAGGUAAGGUUGAAGCUAGUCAAUUUGAAAUCACAUCGACCAAGCCAAAGAUUGUAAAUGAGGCUACGACUACGCUGAUGAAUAACAUAGCAGAAAGCCCAAACAAUGAUCUGACCAACUCCGGUGAAACCAAGGCUACAGAUGUUGACGUCGAAAUGGUGGAUGCGGAAGAGAAACCAAAUCAAGAAGAUGUUAAAAGCGAAACCAUCAUCAAAUCAGAACCAACUGAUGGCAUAAAGACAAAAUCAGUCACGUUCGCGAUCCCUGAUACUGAACUGCAGGCGGAAGAAACUUUCCCUGUGAGUGAAUCUCCAUUACCAGAGUUAGAAGGUUCCGAACCAGCGGACACCUAUGAAGGCCCCUCGCUCAAAGUGGCUUGUAACUACGUCAGUUUCCGUGACCUUUCUCGCGAAGGCACCCUCUACAAGCCUGAGAACACCAAAGAGAUGCUUUUUGGCGAACAGUCACUUCUCACGGCCCAUCGUCGGUCCUCCAAGGUGGAAACCAUCAUCCGCAUCACCUCAUCCCUCUCCAACGUCAACCUUUCAACCAACAUCGAUAACUUGUUCAAACCGUACGAACAGAUCUAUCUGCGCGAGUUCGACCAUCUCGCCGAAUUGCCCCGAUUUGGAGAGUUCGACAAACAAGUGAGAGAGAUUGUCAAGAUCGAGGACGAAGAGGAGUUCAAGGUGGAAAUCCUCACCGAGGCGCCUUCUGGGAUCUUGUAUCCGAACGGCUCCAAGAAGCGCUGUUUUAUUACCGGUACGAGCGCAAUCUAUUUCGACCCCAAGAGUGGGAUUCCUUACUCCAGUGUGGAUGCCUACAAGGUUAUCCAGCGGAUUCAGGAUGGCUUAGUUCCUUGGUGUGACUUUUCUUGCGCGGACAAGGAGGAUGACGAAUCCGAGCCUGGUGCGGUAGAGUUUGGCAAGUACGGAGCAUACAUUGGUUUGGCGGGCGAACAACAGCAUGCCAAGGGCGUGCCUGAAGGGUUUGAUGGUUAGUGCCAAGUGGAUUUAACCAAAAUAAGACUAAGGAGUUUUUUUUUUCUAUACGUUAAUCUCUCCGGGGUUGAUAUGCAUGUAUGGAACAGCAUAGUAAAUAAUUACGAACUAGUUAUUGAAUUCAGGAUAGACUGCGUUUCGACUUUUAGC